AUGUUGCUGGUGGUCCACCCCCCGCCCAGCCAAGGACUGAAGUACAGAAUUCGUGCAGUUGGUUUGAAAAGUAUAGAAACUGUCUUGGAAUCUGGGUUCUUCUCUAGAAUUAGUAGUUGGAGAAAUUCAACAGUUGGUGGACACCCAUGGCAGGUCUCCCUGAAAUUAGGUGGACACCACUUCUGUGGAGGAAGUUUGAUUCAAAAUGAUCUGGUUGUUACAGCAGUACAUUGCCUGAUUAGCCUCAAUGAGAAGCAAAUUAAGAGUCUGACAGUGACUGCUGGGGAGUACAACCUCUUUCAGAAGGAUAAGGAGGAACAGAAUAGUCCUGUCUCAAAAAUUAUUAUCCAUCCUGAAUACAACAGACUUGGAUAUAUGAGUUUUAAUAUUGCACUGCUAUAUCUAAAACUCAAAGUCAAGUUUGGAACUACUGUUCAGCCAAUCUGUAUUCCCCAUAGAGGUGAUAAAUUUGAAGAAGGGAUUCUUUGCAUGGCCAGUGGAUGGGGCAAGAUUUCAGAGACAUCAGAAUAUUCAAAUAUCCUACAAGAAGCCGUAGUUCCCAUUAUGGAUGACAGAACAUGUGGUGCCAUGCUCAGGGGCAUGAACCUUCCUCCCCUGGGAAGGGACAUGUUGUGUGCCAGUUUUCCUCAUGGGGAAAAGGAUGCCUGCCAGAGGGACACUGGAGGCCCACUUGUUUGUAGAAGAGAUGAUGGAGCCUGGGUUCUUGCUGGGAUAAUUUCCUGGGCAGCUGGUUGUACUAGAGUUUGGAAUCCUUUCAGAAAUAAGCAGAGAAAGGCAACACCUGGCAUUUUCUCCAAGGUAUUUGUGUUGAUGGAUUUUAUCACACAGACCAUGACAGACUCUUUAAACAAAAUUGGAUCAACAUCAUUUCCCAAAACCAAUCCUAUAUCUUCUGCAAAAGUUAUUCCACAUGGUGUCUGUGGCAUCCCUCCGUUUAGUCCCCAGUGGCUUUCUAGAAGAAUUGCAGGAGGAGUAGAAGCCUGCCCCCACUGUUGGCCAUGGCAGGUGGGUUUGAGGUUUCUCGGCAAUCACCAUUGUGGAGGUGCCAUCAUCAACUCGAUUUGGAUUCUGACUGCAGCGCAUUGUGUGCAAUCGAAAAAUAAUCCACUCUUCUGGACCAUUGUUGCUGGAGACCAUGAUAGAACCUUGAAGGAAUCAACUGAGCAGGUGAGAAGGGCAAAACACAUCGUGAUGCAUGAGGACUUCGACACACUGAGCUAUGACUCUGACAUCGCCCUGAUACAACUGAGCUCUGCCCUAGAAUUCAGCUCAGUGGUGAGGCCAGUAUGUCUUCCACACAGCUUGGAGCCUCUGUUUUCUUCUGAUAUUUGUGUUGUGACUGGCUGGGGAAGUGUUAGUAAAGAUGGUGGUCUAGCAAGUCGCUUACAGCAGAUUCAAGUGCCUGUGUUAGAAAGAGAGGUCUGCGAACGCACUUACUAUUCAGCCCAUCCAGGAGGAAUCUCAGAGAAGAUGAUCUGUGCUGGCUUUGCAGCAUCUGGAGGGAAAGAUGUGGGCCAGGGAGAUUCUGGUGGACCAUUAGUGUGUAAACAUGAAAAAGGUCCCUUUGUCCUCUAUGGCAUUGUCAGCUGGGGAGCUGGCUGUGCCCAACCAAGGAAGCCUGGUGUAUUUGCCAGAGUGAGUGUCUUCCUGGACUGGAUUCAAUCCAAAAUCAAAGGUCCUGUUUUACUCCAGAUAAAAAAUGAAAGCAAAAUCUUAACAAGACAACAAUUGCCACCACCCACACCCUCAAGAGACAGUGCAUCUGGGCCAGGCUGUUACCCUGAAGUGGAGUUAGAAGAGCCCAGAGGCUUUUUUUCAUCUCCAAGAUAUCCACUGGAUUAUAGAGGAAAACUGGAAUGUUCUUGGGUGCUCCGAGUUUCACCAAGGAGUAUGGCAAAAUUUACAGUUGAGUAUCUGUUACUCCCUGGGUCUCGUAUGUGUCAAGACUCAGCUCUGAUUAUUUAUGAAGAAAACCACAGUGAGAGAAGGAUGUCAGGUAAAUUAUGUGGAAGAAGGCUUUAUCCGAUGGUUUUCAUGAGCUCUGGACCACUGGUGAGGGUGACAUUUCAUUCCAGUGUGCAAGGUGCUUUUGGCAUAAAUUAUAUUGUCUUUAGAGUCCAAGGUCCAAAAGGCAGUAAAAGCACCCAGUCUCUUCAGAGUUCAAACCAAGAGCAUGUGGCCACUUGUGAGGAUGUUAUUCUGACCAAACCAGCAGGGAUCAUACAAUUCCCGAGAUAUUUUCACAGAACCAUUAAGAGCUGCCACUGGAGAUUACUAGCCCCUAUAAAUCAUAUCAUUCGCCUUGAUAUUAUCAACUUCCAGAAGCAACCAAUGCCCUUGGCCUGUCAGGGUCACCUGUGGGUUUAUGAAGGAUUUGGAUCAGGCAAAAAAUUAAUAGGAAAUCUAUGUGAAGGAGAUUCACCUUCAUUAAAGUCUCAUGGUCCUCUUAUGAUGUUGAUUUUCACAUACCAUACAAGUUUGGCCAUGGAAGAAUUUUCUUUGAGAUAUUCUUAUCAUAUGUCUGGUUCCAUGAGAGGAAACAUUAAAGUUAAUGGUAAGGAGGAUAAAGGAGCUCAUUUAUGUGGCUCCAAGAAAGAAUUUGUCUGGAUAUCCAGUGGUGCUUACCUAACUGUGAAUUUGAAAACUGAUGAGUCUGUGGGAGAAAGAGGUUUUAAACUGAUUUUGGAAGAUAUGACUGAGAAGCCAUCACAGAAAAGCAAUAUUGGGACCCAACUGCCUAUUAAUGGGCUUACAGUAGAAAACAAUACCAGAAGACAGCCAGCUCAAGACACAUGUGGCGUUCCAUUUGUUGACCCAUUUCUCACUGAAGGGUUUGAGAGGAAUACAGAUACCUUGUCUGCAGAGGUUGGGGAGCCCAGGGUGGUUGGUGGCCGUGCAGCCACUGUGAUGUCGUGGCCCUGGCUGGUCAGUCUGCAGCACCAAGGACGUCACUACUGUGGAGGUGUUCUGAUUGGGAGACAGUGGGUCCUGACAGCGGCACACUGUAACUUCAGUACUGUCACAGACUACCUGGUAAUAGGGAGAAGUUACCUGGGGAAUAUAAGAAAUAGUGAUUUGAUUCCUGUGAAAGCUGUGUACAUUCACCCCAGCUUCACACAAUUUCCUCCCAACGAUGAUCUGUCUUUGCUGCAUCUGGAAAAACCUGUUGAACUAGAAGAUGAAUUUCCUAAAACUGUGCAGCAGGCAAAGGUACCUCUGAUCAGUAGUAUAUCUUGUCGAAGCUACUGGGGACUGGAAAUUAAAAACACUAAUAUAUGUGGAGGGGCUUCCGGAUCAUCCUCCUGUAUGGGAGAUUCUGGAGGACCACUGCAGUGUGGUGAGGGUGGACAGUACAAGCUCAUCGGUAUUGUGAGCUGGGGCAGCAGUAACUGCCAUCCUGCCGCACCAACAGUCUUCACCAGAAUUUCUGCCUACACAGACUGGAUCACAUCCAUCACUGGAGGAGAAGCAGGAUCAUCGGAAGGGCGACCUGAUGGGACUGUGAUCACAAAGCACUUCGUCAGCAAAGGGAAUAUCGCGAGAGCUCUACACCAACUCCGUGUUGACGUUUUCAACGGUGGUAGUGGCUUCUAUUCUCGCGAUAUUUCCGGGUAA